AUGAGCCCCCGGGAGGAGGACGCGGUGCCCUUGCUGCAGCCCCCAGGUCCCCAGAGACGGGCCUCGCAAGCACAGCCGUCCAGGGGCCAGCUUGCCCAGACGGCCUGGGGCUUGACCGCCUACCUUCCUCACUCGGUGCCCCCAGAUACAGCUACCCAGGGCCCCCCGCAUUCCACCAGUCCCGUCUUCCUCAGCCUGUGGGCCGGCCGCCUCGUGGGAUCUUCCCAGAGGGAGCCCUAG